AUACUGUUUGUGUCUGAUGUCUAAGUAUAGUUGAGCUCAGUGUAGUCAUUAUUAUCCACAAUGCAUUGCAGUGUUGCUGGCUGUUCUAGGGCCCGUUAGAGCAAAAAAAUAUCCAUGCGAUUUACCAGUUAAUUCACCGGUAUACACUUUCUAAAACCGCUCGGACACUAGUCUAAUUACCGUACCAUCUGGAUUAUCCACGACAAUUUUGACCACCAAAUUGCUGGGUAGAAUAUUGUGUAUGGAAUGACCAUGGAUCCGGAGGCGAUGAUAAAUCAACCUAAUUGUUUUUCCAAAUGUUUUGUCCACAGCCCAGCGUAAAAUUCAAUAGGUUACAGCCCAGGCGUGGUUGCAGCUCUCCUUCGCCUCCUCACACAUGCACGACGAAAUCUAAAUUUAGUAAUAUAGCUAUGCGAUCUAUUUGUAGAUUUACUAUUAUUCGGAGAAAUAAACUUGAUUAAACUAGCCUACGUACAGAUUUUAAAGCAGCCAUUAUAAGUUAUUGAGCUACAUUAUCGUUCCACCGUUAUAGUUAUAGCAGGGAGGUAUACCUCUUUGUUUAUAGCAGUAGUAGCAAGUAAACAAAGAAUGGGUUGUUGACCAUGGGAUAAGUUGAAAUAUACUUCUGGAGUGGUUUCGUUACACCAGGUUACAGAUAUUUACCGUGAGCUAAAACUUGCUCAAACGGUCAACCACCCGCUGAGUGCUCAGCGCGUUUACCCGGUGAAAUAAACGGAAUACGGUUGGCGUUUUUUGCUUGAACAGGCCCUAGUAUGAAGUCGGUGGCAUUCAUGGAGACUUGAAGUCUUUGUUUGAUUGAAAUAACAACUUUACAAACAUGUGCUACUGGAUCCCAUGAAACAUUGAUAAGAUGUAUCCAUGUUUGUCUUGGCAAUGAAUACAUUGUAGUGAGGAUUUUCUACAGAGAGGUUUUCUUCUGAGGUCCAUUGCAAUUCAAGAGAUGGGUUAGUAAAGCUGCAGUGUUUGUUCCAGGUGUAUGGGGCCCUUACUACAGUGCGAUGAUCCCCAAAUAUUGGUUAAAUGAAGGAGGACAGAGUGUUUCGGGGAAAUUGAUUGAUUUUGUCAUUGAAACCCAUCCAGCAUAUGGCGAGUUGAAGUUGAAGUCUGAAAAGAGGAAUAUCCAUGAACAUGAUUUUCUGAAUGAGCUUCUUGUUUCUAUGGCAACAGAUCAAGGGUUAGAAUCCAUAGCUCAUCUCACAUUAGAUGUGCAUGUUUGGCCUGAUUUCCAUGGAAACAGGUCUCCAUUGGCUGAUUCAAGCUUAAAAGGCAUGAUUUCCGGUCUAACUUUAUCGUCUUCGAUAGAAAAUCUAGCACUGAUGUAUUUGGCAACUGUCCAAUCUAUUGCACUUGGGACAAAGCUCAUCAUAGAUGCUAUGGAAGAGGCUGGCCAUGACUUCAGCUCGGUGUUUGCUUGCGGAGGUUUGAGUAAAAACAACCUAUUCAUACAAGUGCAUGCUGAUGUUUCAGCAUUACCAGUAAUGCUACCACAGGAAGCUGAUUCAGUUCUGGUUGGUGCAGCCAUUUUGGGAGCCUGUGCUUCUUCACAAUUCAAAAAUGUUGAGGAUGCUAUGAGGAAUAUGUGCAAGUUAGGAUCUGUUGUGAAGCCUAUAACAACAAACAUUCCAUUCUACAAGCAGAAAUAUGCUGUUUUCAGAAAAAUGGUACAGGACCAAAAAGAAUACCAAAGUAUCAUGAAAAGUAUGUAAUAUAAAUGAGAAAAUUUGCACAAUACUGUAUAUACAAAAUUGCCUCAACUGUGAUUAGAAAUCUC